AUGUUGCCUGUGUGCAUACCAUUACUUUUCGGCGCCUCGUUCUUGGUGCUGAGCGCCUCAUCCAUGGACGGCUCACAAGGAAGUCCACCAACAAUAAAUUAUACUGCAACUCUGGGCAAAAGCGUUAAAUGCCUCAGUGAGGUCAGUGCUGUCCGUGAGGCAGCCGGGUUGGGCAACUUCAAACAGGCUUCAGACGUUGAUAAAAUAAGUGAUCCAAAACAAGGAAAUUUAGACGACGGCAGCCAGUGGAAGAACAUCUGCGAGUAUUUGAUCCCAGAUACACAACCGGUGGCUGCCUCCAACCCAGAGAAUCCCUUUAAGGAAGGAACAUAUGCUUUCAUGUCCCUAACUGCCGCCGAACCUAACUGCAAAGACACAGUUGAUCACUGGAAGGCAGCCUUCAAAAAUUUCACUGGACUGCCCCCGUCAGAGAGUCAAGCUGGAAAUCUCUACAACAACCAAGACAACGUUUCUUUUGUAGCCUUGUACAACCCCUCGUCUGAUGCCACUGCAGACUGCCGAGUUGUCACCUGCACUAAAACCACUACAGAAAACGAAGAGACGCAAAGUGUUUCAGAACAAAGCCCCGAAUAUGGCUACGCGCUGAUUUGCAAGACGAUGCCCUCAGCUUUUCCAGACGGAAAUUCUGCCCCAUUCACGCAGGAUCAGUGGGACAAGAUCUCAUCCUCGCUCACGGGGUCAGCUUCAACAGCCACCCCAGGCUUAGGAGCAUUCUUGAUCGUGGCAGUUAGUAUGACAGCACUG